ACAGUAAAAUUAAUUACCAAAUAUUUACGUCUUGAUUUUGUUUGGCUUUUCUUACGUCGAGCCACUGUACCAUCAAAGCCGUUAUCGCGAGAGUAAAACAUACAAAUUAACACUUUUUACCGAAACCGCAAAACAUCACGUGAAUUAAGUAUUAAAUUUUUUCAGUUGUGGAAAAUGUUUCCGAUUUUCGCAUUACUCCAACUCCGUCAUUACGUGUAAUUACUGAGAACAUGAAAUGAAUUUUAAUUGUUUUGUCAUCGAUACAUCAGAGAAAUAAGCGUAAGAAAACGCAUUACUGUGAUAUGUUUUUAGUGUUGCUUCUGUAGUAGAAAUAGUUAGAAAUAUGUUUAAAACCUAUGAAGAGAUUCCGAUUAUUGUAGUGGACCCACCACCAAUGGAACCCCAGAAUACCACACAAGAAACGUCCCUCAACAUUGAGGAAAAAGAUGAGGAAAAAACGGGAGAAACAGAACGAAGAUUAUCCUUGAGGAGGAAUAGCAUUUCGCUACCGAAUCUGGAUGAUCUUCAAGUACUCAAGCAACACGUUCAGAUUGCUAAUGAUGGAGACGAGGACACGGACAGCGAUUAUGAGCUCCCGCCAACCAGUAGGACUCCUCUACGUAAUGCUAGACGGAAGUCUGUCACAAGUCCUAGAAUGCUCAAACCGCCAGUCGAUGAUGAAUCCGGAAGUAAUUCCCCCGCAAACUCAAUCACAUCAAUCAACUCUUUGGCAAGUUUGCUUCGGGAAAAAAUGCAGAUGCUUCCAGCCACUCUCCGCAAAAAGAAAACCCCCGACUACAAGACUCGCAUUUUCGUGGCGCUGCUUUUUAUAACCAUCGUUGUGCUCAUCUUCUGCGCCUAUUUUCUCUACCACCAGAAAGUCCUCCAGAAAGCCUACUUCCAAAAAAUUAAAUUCAAUAAAAUCAAACGGUUGAUGAAAAUUUACAACACGGAAGGGGUUGAAAUAAUCCGAGCCCGUCUUGGGACUACCAUCAAGUACGACAAGGCUUUACCAUGCCUCCCAAUCGAUGAGAAACACGAUGGUAGUAUUUGCUUCGAAUGGAUGGGCAAUGCGCGGUUGUAUCUCCAGUACUACCAACUCAACCCCGAAGUCAAAUGUUACAACUUGCAAUGGAUUGCACUGAAUGAUGGUAUGUCACCCACUGAUUGUUUCAGUUUAGGGGAUGACCAUUGGUACGGUGGGGGGCAAACAGCGGAGUCAGCAUGGCCUCUAGAGAAGGGUAACCAUGAUUUCGCCCCAUUUAUCACAGGGAGGGUUGAUAAACACGAAUAUGGCAACGUUUUGAAGCGGUAUUUUAUCAGUGCCAAAGGGGUGGCUGUUUUAGUUGACGAUAAAACGCCACUGCAAGUCUCGAUUUCAAGCACUGACAACAAGGAAUUGUGUCUAAGAGCAAAAUAUGACGAUUUUGCUUAUGUCAAUCGCUUGACGAAGACGGCGAAUUUGAAUUACAGUAUUUGCACUAGUACGGAUAUGACAAAACUACAUUCAAACUUAGUCGAAAACGCCCUCUGGGAUGGGUUAAAACUUGAAGACAUGAACGUUGUAAACUCACUUUUGACGGAACCUUUAUGGGAAAUCACUUCGUCAAGUAAAAGCGAGUUGACCGAGGAAACAAUUUCGAAUUACACCGACAACGUCAUCGCGUUAGGAUUCCUCAAACAGGGCCAUGUCCUUAUUAACGAAUUUUGGCAAAAAAAUGUGGGCGAUUUUGAGGUCGAUUCCGAGCGUUUUCCAGGCCUUGAAGAGGUGAUAACUGUGAUGCACCGUCGAGGAUUCCGAAUCGUCUUCUCCAUCCAACCAUUUAUUUCCACCGAAAGUUACAACUUUGGCGAAGCUGUAAAAAAACGUCUGCUGGUUUCGGAACGUUUCAGCGACCGGAGAAUUCCAGCUUUGACUCGGUACAAAUCAUCCCAAAGUGCCGGUGUUCUAGAUCCGACUAACAACAAAACAAUCCCUUGGCUUCUGGCCAAACUGAAAUCAGUGGUUGCGAAGUACAAAUUCGAUGCCUAUUACCUCGAUUUAGGCAUUGCGUACAACAUGCCCCACUAUUACCAGUGCGAGAAGCCUUUAAUUAACCCAGAUCAGUAUAAGACCUACUUCAUUAAUAAUCUGCAAAGUAGUGUGAGUUUAUUUGGGGUGAAUAGCGCUGUUGAACGGCCCAAAGCCCCAACUUUUGUCUCUUUGCCUCAAUUUGAGUCGUCAUGGGACGGUUUAAGGAGAGUCAUCCCUACUAUACUCACUUACGGUCUCUUGGGGUACCCUUUUCUGAUUCCCGGCGCUGUCGGGGGUGAUGUUGAGUCUCCAGAUACAAUUUUUUACGCUAAUUAUAGUUCAGAACUCCUCCCGGAUAAAGAAUUGUACGUUCGGUGGUUACAACUAGCGACUUUUUUACCGGUUAUUCGAUUCACUCACUUACCGAGUACUUUUGGGGACGAUGUUAUGGAUAUGGCGAAGAUUUUGACUUCUCUGAGGCAAACUAAGGUCACCCCUUUGUUGAAAAAGUACGCGAAAACUUCACUCGAUACGGGAUUACCGUUGAUAAGGCCUUUGUGGAUGUUGGAAUAUAAUGAUACAGCAUGUCAUGUUGUUGCUGAUGAGUUCUCGAUUGGGGAAGACUUGAUUGUGGCUCCUGUUUUGUAUUCUGGGGCAAGGGAAAGGGAGAUUUAUCUGCCGGCAGGGGUUUGGAAAGACGGCAUUGAUAAUAGUCUAAGGAAAGGAAGUCGAUGGAUUCAUGAUUAUAAAGUAGAACAAAAUGAAAUUGCGUAUUUUGAAAAAAUGCCCGAUGAUACAAGAUUCUAAUUCAGUAUUAUUUAGUGUUAAGGAAAACGCUUAUUUUACGAAUAAAUAUUUAUAUAAUC